UCUUAUAACGAGCUCCCAAGAUGCUCUGCGGCCUUUUUUUUUUUUUCAUCAAGGCGAGAGGUCGACGACGAGCGAGGAGUCGGGCAAACUUCCAGGGUGAAGCUGAGGGCCAUGGCUCGUGGGCAACAGAAGCUUCAGUCCCAGCAGAAAAACGCUAAGAAGGCAGCAGAGAAGAAGAAAUCGCAGGGUGCUGACCAGAAAACAGCGGCGAAGGCUGCUCUGGUCCACAGCUGUCCUGUUUGCCGGACUCAGAUGCCUGACCCUAAGACAUUCAAGCAACACUUUGAAAGCAAACAUCCCAAGUCUCCGAUGCCUCCUGAGUUGGCUGAUGUACAGGCGUAGAAUGACAGGAGACAAGAGUUAAUUCUCGUCUUUCUUUUCGGCAGAAUUCCCUUUUUGCCACUGGACCACAGGGAACCAAUGUUGUACACUUUGAUGACAGAUUCACUUGACCCGGAGCUUCACAAAGACCUGGUGACCAGACUGGAUCCAGAGAAGAGACUCAUCAGAUUGACUGCAGUAGAUCUGCAGCUCACCUUUACAGCAGAUUCUUCUCCAUCAUCAUCUUCAUCAUCUUCAUGGUCCUGGCUGUCGUUGGUUUCUUGGUGUACAGAAGAGUGAAGAAAGCUGUGAGCAGCUCUGAGGAGCAGCAGCUCAAAGGUGACUCUGAAGAAACACCAACGUCCUGAAGAGUGAGUUCCUUCAUCUGUUCAACUGUGUCCACAGUCAGGUCAUGUGACUGGAGAUCAGGCUCAGAGAAGAGCAGACAGUCAGGGGUUAAAGGUUAUAUUUGAUGAUAUAUUUGAAUGUGUCCUUCAGUUGAACAAAGUCCUGUCCAUGAAUGAAACCAGUGUCUGGAUCAAACACUGAAGCUCAUUUCAUCUUUAGUUGAUGGAUUUCUUUCUUCCUCUGGAUCACAGAGCUCAGUCUCCAUGUCUUCUCUAAUUCCACCUUCA